AUGCAUACGGGCAACAACAACAACAUCCAACGAAUCGGCCUUAGCACCGUGAGACAUGCCUACCCCAGCUCGGUGCCGGGAGUAUCGGACGACUGGUUCGCGGAGCACAUGCUUCCGGAGGGCGCUCACAACCACGCUCUCGACUGGACUGUCAUGUUUCUCAACCGCGACAAGACUGCGCUCGAUGAGGAUUGGCCGGCUUACUUCGACUGCGAUGAGCCAGCAGGUUCAGCGGAGAAGGGGCGGAGCUCCGCCGGAGGCAUAGAUGCGGUAGGGGACAAAUCGUACGAGCCCCGAUUAGCUAGGGGUGGCGAGGGGGAGGGAGAGGGAGAGGAGGGUCGGAGCUUCCUGCACUGCAUCAACCUGGUUAGAAAACAGGACGACCCUACGGUCCGGCGAGGCGCCGUGGUUAAGGCCAUGUGCAUUUGCUCGCGGUAUAACUAUAUUGAGGUUUUCCGGCCGAUGCUCAUGAUCGCUCUCGAGCAAUACUACCAGAGGCAGGUCCCCGAGGUGUUGGAAUCGCUGUUCGAGGCGCUCAACUCCGCGCAUCUCGCGGGGGCUCCGCGACCGACGCCUUGGGAACGGGCGUUGAUGCGAAGAGGGGUCGCGGACAAGCACAUGGGGACUGUGCCUGUCGAGCACCUUGCCGCUACGUGGACGUACAUGAUGAGCUUCAAGUACUGCGGGGGCACGGUGCAGGCCUCUAUUCCCCUCUACGCGUUCCCCGACGAGACUCUCAGCCCGUCCGUGACGCUGCUUGUCAACCUCUUCGGGCAGAACGUGAUGGCCAUCUACAACGCCGUCUUGACGGGAAGGCGUGUUAUCUUCGUCGGGUACAAUCACGCCGCCGGCGACGUCUGCAAGAUCGUUCUCGCCGCCUGCGCGCUCGUCAGCCCUCCAAUACAGGGAAUCUUGCACCGAGCGUACCCUUACGCUAGCCUCUCAGACCUGAGCUUUCUCGAGACGACCAGCUACGUGGCGGGUGUGACGAACCCCAUGUUCGAGACGCACCCUGAGUGGUGGGACGUGCUUUGCCAGCUGGAUUUGCCGAACGGUAGCGGGACCGUGAUCACUACAGAGGAGAUGUUUUCAGACGGGGGUGGUGGGCUACACCGCGUGAAGUCCGGCGGGGUCGGGGGCAGCAUGACCAACACCAACGGGGAGGAUAAGAGCAAGACGGGCGGAAAGGAUGCCGGCCUCUUCUUCCAAGGAGAUGCGAACUUCGCGACAAAGCUCCUAGCCGGCGUUAAGGGAGGGAAGGGGGAGUCAUGGGCGCGCUGCGAGUUUCACGACUACACGCAGGGGCUCGUGGAUCUGGUGCUUGAUCAACACGCCGGUCUGCACGAGCGUCUCACGUCUUUGUCCCUUGACAAGACGAUGAUCGCGAACGAAGGCCGGUUACGACGUCUCAGAAUAUCCGCAGGCAUCUCCGAAAGAGGCGUGGACCCGUGGGCACGGUGCCGGGGGCCGGGGGGCGGGGCGGCGGCUUGCGGCCGAGGGGUUGAGCUGAGGAACUGCAUCCGUCGGAUUCAGCUGGAGAAGUUUGUCGGCGAAGAGGUUGCGGCGAAGGCCUUUGAGCUGCUCUCCGAGUGCCUGGACACGGAAGCCGAGCUGCAGGUGUUGCUAGGAUUGUUACCGGAGUCGAAACGAGGAGCUGGGCUGCUCGCUCUUGGGCUACUCUCUCGAAGUGCCAGCACGCGGCGCAGCACGGUAGUGCUGUUCAAGAAGCUAGAGUCUUUCGAAUCGACUAGGCCAGCGGUCCUGUGCAUGAACGACUUCUUCAAGCUGGCCCUCUCCAGGCAGGCGCAGGAGCUAGAGAGUGCCCCCCCCGAAACGGCAACGUCCGCCUCCGCCGCGGGAUCUGCGGUUGUUGGGUUGGGGGGGGGUGGAGUGCCAAAGCGUCGUUCGAUCCGCGCGUGACAUACGUAUGCGGUUGGCGGGAAGCUCUUGUGUUUUGUACCGCUCAUUAGAGUAGGUAGAAUUUAGGACGCACUUGUGGCGAAAACAACGAUAUUUUUAUGAAGUAUUUCCCUCAUGGUGUGGUGUAUUUACUCUCGUCAUCGUGUUGUUUCCUGGUUUCAAGAGAGAGAUGAUUCUGCGGGGCGUGCGAUAGUUUAUCACUAGCGACGGCAGAUACAAUUUAUUCCGAGUGAAAUGCGUUGGCGAUAGGUAUGGUUGGUUCGAUUUUUCGUCAUUGUAUCAAGAAGGAGCCGGCCCGAGGAAUACGCUCGAUGAUGGUGUGAAAAAGGUUGUUUCUUAGGCGUUCGUGCAGCCGGUCCAACCCUGCUGCGUAUGUCGGCCCCCGCCACUUUUCACGCCGGUCCAGACAGAAUUUCUACACGACUCGUGAUUGCCGCACUAUGCCUUAGAGGUUUGGAACCGUGGUCGGCGUUGUCGUGAAGGGACAAGGGGAUUGCCGAUACCUCGCUGUUUUCCGCUACGAAGAACGCGAGGUACAAAAUGGUGUAGUGUUGACGGCGGCCAGGUUGGGCGCACUUUUUUUUGUCACUGUUGCGUGUGAGACCGGGAAGAUUCGAAGGGGUCUACUCAAACGAACGGGUGGGUGUGAAAAGGGGACGAGCCAAGGGCUUUUUUGGGAGAGACGGUGUUCUUGUGACCAUGCCGUCUUGCUUGUGGGGUUUAAGGUGUGAGCCGCGGGGGGAAUAAUCACAGUGGUGAAUUAAACGAUAACGUUAAGGUCAGGCGGCAGAAAUUACA